AUGUCACCUGUUUAUAUGAGGCCACAGUAAAUCCAAACCACCAGCACAUUCAUCCUUUUCCUUUAUUUCAGACCAGCCACUCUGACCCAUCCCAGUUAGCACCCGGAGGGACAUCUGAGUGGUUUACAAAGUGCUAAUGGAUUUACAUGCAUUUUCUUUUUUUCCUCUGUCAUUCUUUCAGCCAUUCAUUUCUUUCUUUCUUUCUUUUUCGUCUUUCUUUAUUUAUCUGUCUUUAUUUCCGUCUGUCUGCCUGACUGCCAGAUGUAUACAGGCUUUUAUUUUAUUUUAUUUAUUUGUUUUUAUUUAUUUUAGUUUAUCUUUGUAAAAGCAACGACUGCCUCUUUAUGAAUGGUAGUCUAUUGGGUAUCGACAUACACAAUUUACUGUCAUAUAUAUGAGGACAACUCUUUCUGUGGAAUACACAUUAUGAUAAAGUCUUAGAGAGGGAGAGCAUACUGAAUAGCACUGGCAGAUAGAUACAUUUGAGGUUAAGAGUCAAAUUCCCCAGUGAUGCUGUUUUGCACUUCCCGUCCCAUUUUUUUUAAUUAGCUGUCAUUACUAUUUCAGGAUUGACAGUCAUUCUUAUUUUCUUUCCAAUGGACAAUAUUUAUUCAAAUAUUUACCAAAGAAAAUGAAGAAAUAUUGCCACUCUGUGAAAGAUGUUGUGACGCAGGGAUAUCCAUUGAUUCAGCACCUUUUACCUGCUAGUACACAGUUCCUAUUCCUGCCGACGUCAGCCAGCCAUUCAGUAAUUUCCCUGAUUCUGUUGAAUGGCCUUGCAUCAAGUGUUAAUGUGACGUUGAAAGGCUAAGGGCGAGAUAACUGUGGGGUGGGGGUGAAUUGGUGAUUAAUUUGGGUUUUGUACGCCUCAUAAGCGGGUCAUUAAAAGCCGGCGUCACGAGGGACCGGGCCAAGUCUGUGCAAUGACAAUCCGCGACACGCCAGCGCGAGAGCUCUAUAUAAGCACUUCACUUCUCCAAAGGUGUUCAACUUCAUUGCAGACUUCUGCCACGGCUCGGCUCUGAUGCUCCCGCUGCUCUUAUGCACCUCGCCUUAACACAUCACUCAUACACCUCACUCCUAAGGGACCAAUAACACACUUUGUGCAUCGGGGUCCUGGCGCAAGCAGAUGAACAGUGGGGGUGUGUGGGUCCUGUAGGCAGGUGGGUGUCGCUGCACUUUUCUACAGACACCGUUAACACUUCAGAGGAGGGACCCGUCCAACAGACCUGCCCUGAGUUGGAGCACACUCACUGGAGGAAUGUUUACUUGCCAAUGGAUGAAACAGUCCUAACACUAGCUCUGCUUCGCUGUGCUGUGCGGAAAACUGUAAAGGACUGAAGAGAAAUUUCAUAACACAAACUUGCAGAACACAAGCAAUGAGCUCCACGCUUCCGAAGAGCGAAUCCACCACCUCCCUUCUGCGAUCCAGCGCACCGAGCCGGAGGUCCGCGCAUCACUCGGAGCAUGUAGCGAGCAGCCGGCGCAGUGAGCACCGACACACCGGCGCGGCAGGCAAUGGAGGAGGCGCCGAAGACUCGUGCUGGAACGAUGACUGCGAUGCAAGCGCGCGGAGACCCCUCUGCCAACCUAGGCACUCGGGCUCGCGGAGCGCAGGUGCUAAACGCGGGAACAAAACUCAGUCGCACGUGAGGCACAUCGACUUUGAGGAGGAUUAUGGUUAUGAGGAAGAGAGACACCAAGACAUGGGCGACCGACACCGGAAAGACCGUACCAAGUCCCACAGACAUUCUCAGCAUCAUCACCAGCAUCACCACAAUCACCACGCACCUCCCGACCACCAGCACGGGAACUCCCGUCCGCAUCGGAAGCCCUCUCCGACUCCUUCACUCACCAAGACCACUGACGAAGCUGAGUUAUUCUUCGAGUCCAAGGAGCGGACGCAAGCCGGGUCUUCAAUUAGCCUCGUCUCCGACCCACCCGUCUUACCUGCUCCACCGCCGGUAUCCAAACGCUCCGGAAGAAAGCCCUCCGCUGUCUUAUCGGAGUUUGAAGCCACUCUCCAUCCCAUAGUCAAGUCUGUUUUUGGACAGGACAGGGAGCUCAGACCAGAGGAGAUGGAUGAGCUGCGAGAGGCGUUUAAGGAGUUUGAUAAAGACAAGGACGGCUUCAUCGGCUGCAAGGACCUGGGCAACUGCAUGAGAACAAUGGGCUACAUGCCCACUGAGAUGGAGCUGAUCGAACUGAGCCAGCAGAUUAACAUGAACUUGGGCGGUCAUGUGGACUUUGAGGACUUUGUGGAGCUGAUGGGGCCUAAGCUGCUGGCUGAAACAGCAGACAUGAUCGGCAUCAAGGAACUGAGGGACGCCUUCAAAGAGUUUGACACAAAUGGCGAUGGUCAGAUAAGCACAGCAGAACUUAGAGAGGCCAUGAAAAAACUACUGGGCCAACAGGUUGGCCACAGGGAUCUGGAGGACAUUCUGCGGGACAUUGACCUCAAUGGAGACGGACAUGUUGACUUCGAAGAGUUUGUGCGAAUGAUGUCUCGUUAAAUGAGGAAAAUGGAUGGUAACACCCCCCCAACCGCCCCCCAAAAAAAUCAUAAUGCCUGGACCUCUAUCUAUCCCAAGAUGGAAGGAAAAAGGGGACAUACCAAGACAUCCUAAGAGGGAGAAGCUGUGAGCUGUCUGAACAAAAUAACUCCUGAUCUCCCCAGUCUAAACAGAGAACGUGGGAGUCAUCUCUUAAUAUGACAGCAGCCUUCCCUAAGCACCCACCUGCUCAGAGAGACUCUGGGAGCAGCGCUAUGACAGGGAACACAGUGGCUGUCUCAGAUCCUCAGAACCUACACCUCAACUUCCACAGGCACGCUUGUGUCGUGAAUCCUCUCCCCACGCUGUCUACUGACUGCCUGAAUAGGGCUCAGCCCAACUCUCACUGCCAUUUCUGAAUCUUUUGCAAAAACGACGUACUGGUAUUUUGGGCUAAUUGUGGCCAAUUAUCAUUCCUUAAUAAUAUAUUCCAUUUGGGUAUAUUACAAAGGUAUUAGCAAAAUUGCAAUAGUAAGGUAAUAUCUAUUUAUGUACUGGGAAAAUAUUUAUUUAUCUGAGCAUGUGUGUGUGAGAGAGUGAGUUGAGAGAAAAAGACAGAGGGGGGUGUAAAAGAGAGAACGUUUUUUCUGUCCCUCUGGCGAGCCGUCCACUUUAACAUGCUGUAAUGAUAACUGUAUGCUGAUGGGGUCUCAUAUCAGAACUUGUGAUAUUAAAUAUCAUCAGAAAUGCUGGAGAAAUUCUCUAUAAAUACUAAGAAAAAUUUGCACUACUGCACUUCUAUAACUUAUUUCAGUUUUAAUUUCAUUUGAGCGCACAUACACUGGCAUGAAACCUAUGAACACAUAUCCAUGUCUCUGAGUUUGCCGUUUCCUGUGGGGAGUGGGGUCCUCGUCCUCCUUUUGUCCAUAUCUUGCAUGAGUAUCUGUUAUCUUAAUGAUGUAGCCAAUAGAGAGAGACACUGUGGGGCUCUCAUCUGUCAUAUUCAAUGUCCUGGGUGCUGUGUUGUUCACUGACAAUGCCUGCUAAAGAGAUCCUGUAAACGCAUACCUGUAGGCUGCUGUGCCAACAGGAAAACAAGCAGGAUGAAUUCCACGGGGAAAAAAGAGCUAGCAAACUGUGAAAUGAAAUAUAUCAAGCGUUGUUCUGUUCCAUGACCAUGUUAUACUGUGUUUGUGUGUGUGUGUGUGUGUGUGUGUGUGUGGAUGGGUGUGUGUGUGUGACUGUGUGUAAAUGUAAUAAAGACCUUAAGUGUGUGUGUGCGGAUGAGCGUUUGUCUUGUGGGUGCUUGUUUUUUGUUUUGUUUAUGGGUGUUGAAUACUGUGUGACUGCCUAUUUUCAAUCUUUUGUUUGUGGAUUAAAGUUAACAUGUUUAGAUUCUAUGCAUGCCAAAAACAGCUAUCUUUGUAGCAUAAUAGAUUUGAUUAAAGAGUCUGUUGGAGUGAAA